AUGAGUUUUACUGAUUUCGAUACUUUAUCAAGUUCGGAUUCAUUUUCGAAGCCAUACAAUUCCUCUGUUGAAACUGGCGAAAUAAUUUUUAGGCCUGUGUAUCGAGAUCAUGUGGAUGACGCAGAGGACUUGGCUCGUUUAGGAUACAAACAGUCGUUCCACAGAGGACUCUCACUGUAUGGCGUCUUCAGUGUUUCGUUUUCUGUCUUGGGUUUACUCCCUUCAGUCGCGGCCACGCUCAAUUUCUCUAUGCUAUCAGGCACACCAGGAAUGUUAUGGGGUUGGUUAAUAGCUUUGCUAUUCGUUUGCUGCAUUGCCGCGAGUAUGGCUGAAUUAUGUUCUAGUAUGCCAACAUCCGGAGGAUUAUAUUACUCGGCUAAAGUACUUGCUCCCAAAGGAUGGGGUCCUUUGGCUGCUUGGAUUACUGGUUGGUCCAACUACAUAGCUCAGCUAACCUUUUUUGCAAGUUGUGUCUAUAGUUUAUCCAGCUUGUUAAUUCACGCUGCUGAUGAGUUUGAUGGCAAAGAUGUUGUGAUACAUAACUACCACAUAUUUUUUCUUUGCCUUUCUUUCAUUGUGGUGCUUGCAAUCAUGGCUUCAUUACCAACAAAAAUAAUAGGGCGGAUUAACUCUGUAUGCACAUUUCUGAAUUUACUUUCUCUUCUUGCGGUUAUUAUUAUCAUUCUGGUCAGUGCUUCGAUGCGUCAGGGCUUUAAUAAAUCUGAUCAAGUAUGGCAUCAUUUUCAAAACAAAACCGAAUGGCCACAAGGUUUCGCUAUGCUGAUGUCGUUUUGUGGUGUUAUCUGGUCCAUGGUAGGAUUGGAUACCUCUUAUCAUCUUGUUGAGGAAUGUGCCAGUGCUUCUGUAAACGCGCCCAACGGUAUAAUGCUUACUGCUGUAGUGGGUGGAUUUUCUGGCUGGAUUAUGCAUGUGGUAAUUGCAUAUACUAUUGUUGAUUAUUCAGGCGUUCUUAAAGCUCAUAACUUAUGGGUUGAAUAUUUGACACAGGUGCUUAGUCAUAAACCAGCUAAGGCUGUCAUUGCUCUUACGUUGUUUUCAAAUUUUCUUAUGGCUCAAGGUGUAUUAAUUACCUCUUCUCGAGUUGCUUAUUCGUAUGCUCGUGAUGGUGUUCUCCCCUUCUCAAAAUGGAUAGCGCAGAUAAAUAAGCGAACGACAACACCUGUUAACGCAGUGGUCGUGAACAGCUCUAUUGCGGUUGUUAUUCUUUUAUUUCUAUUUGUUGGACAAUGUGCGAUAGACGCCAUUUUUGCCGUUUCUGGCAUCGCAGCGUUUGUUGCGUUCAUAAUUCCAAUUGGCCUUCGUUCAUUCUUUGUAAAGGACAGCAACUUUUCUCGUGGAGCGUGGAAUCUAGGUCGAUUUUCUCGAUUCGUUGGUGGAGCGGGUACCAUUUUCGUUCUGAUAAUGAUUCCUAUCUUAUGUUUUCCAACAGUAACACAUCCUGGUCCUUUUGAAAUGAAUUGGACAAGUCUUGGUUAUAGUGUGCCAAUGGUAGCGGUGCUACUUUGGUUCGUUAUAGCCGCUAGACACUGGUUUAAGGGACCAAAGACGGACAUGCCUGGGUUGGAUAUUCCGCGUAUAUCGAGUUUCAAAAGCAACACAAAACAUCCUCAGUUUUCUGGUCAUUCGUUAGGAAAAAACUGAAUGUUAAAAAAUACACGCAAA